AUGGCAACCGCCUACCUCUUCCAGUUCCUAGACAAGACUGCACUCAGCUAUACAGCCAUCCUCGGACUCCGCGAAGAUCUCCACCUCAAGGGAGAAGAAUACGGUUGGGCAUCUGCAAUCUACUACUUUGGGUACCUUGUCGCAACGUACCCCAUUGCCGGUGUAUUGCUCGUUAGAUACCCCAUUGCAAAAGUCAUCGCUAUUACUAUGUUCAUCUGGGGAGCUAUCCUAAUGUUUACGGCUCUUUGCCACAACGCCAAAGAUUUACUUGCAACUCGUUUCUUUCUCGGCAUAGCUGAGACGGCGAUCGCCCCAGGCCUAUCCAUGAUUGUGGCGAUGUGGUACAAAAGAUCAGAGCAGCCUUUACGGCAAGGUGCUUGGUUCCUCGGAAACACAUCUGCAGGUAUUCUUGGUGGCCUUGUCAGUUAUGGCUUUGGUGAAAUCAACACAUUCCCCCCUUGGAAGGCCAUCUUCAUCUGCUUUGGGGCUUUGACGAUAGCUGUUUCUAUCAUGGUACUACUCUUUCUCCCCGAUACGCCCGCGAAUGCCCGUUUCUUGACCAAAGAUGAGAGAGCUCAAGCGGUUGCUAGAGUCGAGACGAACAUGACUGGUAUCAAGAAUGACAAGUGGAAGAGAGAGCAAGUUAUGGAGGCACUCAGCGACCCAAAUGCCUGGCUUCUCACAGUCGCUUAUCUCGCUACGAUUAUCCCUAAUAAUGGACUUCUUACAUUCAACACCAUUGUUAUUCAGGGUCUUGGCUUUUCUGUCCUAAAGACGCUCCUUAUUAAUAUCCUACCGUCUGUCUUUCAGUUGGUCUUUGUUCUCAUAUCAGUCAUUGGAAGCACUUAUCUUCCAAACACUCGACUGCUGUUCAUGACUUUCAAUGUCGUUGUUAGCAUCGUUGGGGCUGUCAUGGUGCGUGAGGUUGACCCAGCGCAUAAGUGGACUCGCGUCAUGGGCUGUGCUCUUGCAGUCGCCUUUACUGCCAAUUUCCCUAUGACCAUGGCUAUGGUAUCAAGUAAUUUUGCUGGCUUUACUAAGAAGACUACAGUUAGUGCUAUGGUCUUUAUCGCAUAUUGUGCUGGAAAUAUCAUCGGCCCCCAUCUGUUCUUCCCUUCCGAGGCCCCUGGCUAUAAGUCGGGAUUCUUAGCUGUUAUGAUCUGCCUGGCAGUUUCUGCUGUUCUCUGCAUUGCCCUGCGGUUCUAUCUCAUAUGGGAGAACAAGAAGCGGGACGAUGCGGGAGAUGCUAUAGAGGUACCAGUGGAAGGGAUUAAUCUUAGCGACAAGACAGAUAGAGAGAUCCCUCAGUUACGCUAUAUCUAUUAG